AUGACUUCGUUGGCGCCGGAAGUUUGCCGUCAGAAGCAGGAAGUCGGAGGUGGCGAGGCCGCGGACAUUUCGAGGCCCACUCGAGAUGGUACUCCUGAUGAUGACGCGUCCCUCCAUCUCACAGAUGAAGAUAGCGCUACGAAGACUGGCAGGUCCUCGGCGAGUAUCCCAGAAUCGUCAUACACCUCGUCGACUAAAUCAGGCUCUUCGACCUCGAGCAUCGAGUCGGCUGCUAGGAGGAUUCUGGAGUCAAUUGAUGGAGAGGAUGCUGAUCGUCAGGGGCUGCAGAAAACACCUAUGCGUUACGCCAGAGCUUUGGAGUUUCUCACUAAAGGGUACUCCGAAUCUCUUGAGGAAAUCGUUAAUGACGCUGUUUUCGACGUCGAGCCCUCAGACAACGAUGAGAUGGUCAUGGUCCGAGACAUUGACAUGUUUUCCCUCUGCGAGCACCAUCUUCUGCCUUUCUAUGGAACGGUAGACAUCGGAUACAUUCCUCGUGGCAAAGUCCUCGGACUUAGUAAAUUAGCUCGAAUAACGGAGAUGUUUUCCAGGCGACUACAGGUCCAAGAAAGGAUGACACAGCAGAUAGCCCGAGCCGUGGAGGAGGCUAUCAACCCUAUGGGUGUAGCAGUGGUCAUCAGAGCAUCCCAUAUGUGUAUGAGUAUGAGAGGAAUACAGAAGACUUCUGCCUCUACCACGACAAGCUGUGUACUAGGAGCAUUCAGAUCCAACCCCAAGACUCGUGCGGAGUUCUUCAGCCUCAUAAGCCACAAGCAGUAGUGUCGGCUCCUAGGGGAAAGGCCUUCAAUUCUACCACUCAAA